CCGCCAGCCUGGGCGCUGAAUGGGCUGGUGGCGCCCCGUUCGGUCCUGCCCGCCGCCGGCUCCCGCGUCUGCCGGGGCCUCGGCCGACCGCCGCCAGCCCCCGCCCAGGCUGUGAAUGAAAGGCAGGCGGCGCCGGGGGCUGGCUGCGAGCGACCGGGCGACGCCGGCCUCCCGGGAGGCGCGCUCCCCGCGGAGAUGUACGGUGUGUGUGGCUGCUGCGGUGCCCUUCGCCCCAGGUACAAAAGACUAGUUGACAACAUUUUCCCUGAGGACCCUGAGGAUGGCCUGGUGAAGACCAACAUGGAGAAGCUCACCUUCUAUGCACUCUCAGCUCCCGAAAAGCUAGAUCGCAUCGGAGCCUACCUCUCAGAGAGGCUCAUCCGUGAUGUGGGCCGCCAUCGAUAUGGGUACGUGUGCAUCGCCAUGGAGGCGCUGGACCAGCUGCUCAUGGCCUGCCACUGCCAGAGCAUCAACCUUUUCGUGGAGAGCUUCCUCAAGAUGGUGGCCAAGCUGCUGGAGUCAGAGAAGCCCAACCUGCAGAUACUGGGUACAAACUCGUUUGUGAAGUUUGCCAACAUCGAGGAGGACACCCCGUCUUACCAUCGGAGCUAUGACUUCUUCGUAUCCCGUUUCAGUGAAAUGUGCCACUCGAGCCAUGAUGACUUGGAAAUCAAAACUAAAAUCCGAAUGUCGGGCAUCAAAGGUCUGCAAGGGGUGGUGAGGAAGACUGUGAAUGACGAGUUGCAGGCCAACAUCUGGGACCCGCAGCACAUGGACAAGAUUGUCCCUUCUCUGCUUUUCAACCUACAGCACGUGGAGGAGGCAGAGAGCCGUUCUCCCUCACCCCUCCAAGCACCAGAGAAGGAGAAGGAGAACCCGGCAGAGCUGGCUGAGAGGUGCCUGCGGGAGCUGUUGGGCCGGGCAGCCUUUGGCAAUAUCAAGAACGCCAUCAAGCCUGUCCUCAUCCAUCUGGAUAACCAUUCUCUUUGGGAGCCCAAGGUGUUUGCCAUCCGUUGCUUUAAAAUCAUCAUGUACUCAAUUCAGCCGCAGCAUUCACACCUGGUUAUCCAGCAGCUCCUGAGCCACCUGGACGCCAACAGCCGCAGUGCGGCGACCGUGCGUGCAGGUAUCGUGGAGGUCCUGUCCGAAGCUGCGGUCAUCGCCGCCACCGGCUCUGUGGGACCCACGGUGCUGGAGAUGUUCAACACCCUGCUGAGGCAGCUGCGGCUCAGCAUCGACUACGCGCUGACGGGGAGCUACGAUGGGGCCAUGAGCCUCGGAACCAAGAUCAUCAAGGAGCAUGAGGAGCGCAUGUUCCAGGAGGCCGUCAUCAAGACCAUCGGCUCCUUUGCCAGCACGCUGCCCACAUACCAGCGCUCAGAAGUCAUCCUCUUCAUCAUGAGCAAGGUUCCGCUGCCUUCCCUACAUCACCCCAUGGAGACCGGAAGGACAGGGGAGAAUCGGAACCGGCUGACUCAGAUUAUGCUGCUGAAGUCCCUCCUUCAGGUGUCCACAGGCUUCCAAUGCAACAACAUGAUGUCAGCCCUGCCUAGCAACUUCCUUGACCGCCUUCUCUCUACCGCCCUCAUGGAGGAUGCAGAAAUCCGACUCUUCGUUCUAGAGAUUCUCAUCAGUUUCAUUGAUCGUCAUGGAAACCGCCACAAGUUCUCUACCAUCAGUACUCUCAGUGACAUCUCAGUCCUGAAGCUGAAAGUGGACAAAUGUUCCCGCCAGGACACUGUCUUCAUGAAGAAGCACUCGCAGCAGCUCUACAGGCACAUCUACCUGAGCUGUAAGGAGGACACGAACAUACAAAAGCACUACGAGGCGCUGUAUGGCCUGCUGGCGCUCAUCAGCAUCGAGCUGGCCAAUGAGGAGGUGGUAGUGGAUCUCAUCCGCCUGGUGCUGGCUGUGCAGGACGUGGCCCAGGUCAAUGAAGAGAAUUUGCCUACGUACAACCGCUGUGCCCUCUAUGCGCUGGGUGCGGCCUACCUGAACCUCAUCAGCCAGCUCACGACAGUGCCUGCCUUCUGCCAGCACAUCCACGAGGUAAUCGAGACCAGAAAGAAGGAGGCUCCAUACAUGCUCCCUGAGGAUGUGUUUGUAGAGAGGCCCAGGCUGUCUCAGAAUCUAGAUGGCGUGGUCAUCGAUUUCCUCUUCCGCCAGAGCAAGAUCAGUGAAGUCCUGGGAGGCAGUGGCUACAAUUCAGACAGACUCUGCCUGCCCUACAUCCCGCAGCUGACAGAUGAGGAUCGCUUGUCGAAGAGGAAGAGCAUUGGAGAGACCAUCUCCCUGCAGGUGGAGGUGGAAUCGAGGAAUAGUCCGGAGAAGGAGGAGCGAGUGCCUCCUGAGGAGAUCACCUAUGAGACGCUGAAGAAGGCCAUCGUGGACAGUGUAGCGGUUGAGGAACAGGAACGAGAGCGGCGGCGACAGGUGGUGGAGAAAUUCCAGAAGGCACCCUUCGAGGAGAUCGCAGCCCACUGUGGGGCCCGGGCAUCCCUGCUGCAGAGCAAGCUCAACCAGAUCUUUGAGAUCACCAUCCGGCCCCCUCCAAGCCCGUCGGGAACCAUCACGGCAGCCUACGGCCAGCCACAGAACCACUCCAUCCCAGUCUACGAGAUGAAGUUCCCCGAUCUCUGUGUGUACUGAAUUCCAAGAGUGGUCCUCCCUGGAGGAGAGACGGGUCCUCUGGAGGACUCACCCUCACGCCCAGCCGCGAGCUCUGAGAAACUCAGUCCCCUUGGAUGAGGGAACCUCCCCUGCUCAAGGUGGAGCCCCCAGGCUUCCUCUGGUCCUGGGGGAAAAGAUGGGGCUCUCACCUUCUCCUUCUCUUCCCUGAGGGAGGUCCCACCACCUGUCCUCUGGAGCCAGAAAGCAUCUCACCUGUGCCCUUGUCUUCUGUGUGGCCCUGAGAAUCAUGGGAGUGUCACCAGAGGGAAGCCAAGAGGCCUGGGAUUCGAACCUGGUGUGUGGGGAGAAGGUUUCCAUGAGAGAUUCCGGAGACUUGGUUAGUCAAAGGAAGCCAUAAAUGGCACUUAGAGGAAAGAAGUAAAGAAGUGACAAUAUGGGAGCUAGAAGAUGGCAGCCUCUUAUCCCGCAGUUCCCCUUCUCCCAACUCAAGUCUCCGUGUCUCUUCCUCUCGCGCUCAGCCUCCAGUUGUGUACAUCUCACUACUAUUAAUGAAU